AUUGAAUGUUUUGUUUAUUGAACGUACGAAUUUAUUUAUCUAACUUUUCCUUCUUAUUUAAUAACUUUCUGGACAAAAAGUGAAGUUUACUAAUUUUAAAUGGCUGGUGAAGUGCUUGUAGAUGCGUUGCCAUACAUAGAUCUUGGAUAUGACGAUCCUGGAGUACGAGAAGCGGCUAUGGCCAUGGUUGAAGAAGAAUGUCGACGCUAUAGACCAACAAAAAACUAUCUUGAACAUUUACCAGCACUUAACAGUAACGUAUUCGAGACGGAAUUGAUGACUGCAGAAUUUGAACGUAUUCAAAACCGUCUUCCAAUGGAACCCCUUAGUAUGAAGCGUUACGAGCUCCCUCCACCACCGGCUGGUAAAAUGUCUGAAGUGUCCGCGUGGGCUGAGAGUGUUGACAAUUCGAUGGCCCAAUUAGAGCAUCAGUCUGUUCGUGCGGUCAACUUGGAACUUAUGAUGGAAUAUGGGUGUGAGAUGUGGAAAUCAUAUCUCGAAAUACUAACAUCGAUGCAGGCAAAGGCUCAGGUUCGUUUAGAAGAAAUCAAGAAAGAAAUACAUGAUAUCAAUUGGAAGCGUAAAUCGAAACAGACACAGGGCGGAGAAAAGCUCCGUUCACUUGAAGCUCAGUGGGUUAUGUUGGUUUCAAAAAAUUACGAAAUAGAGCAAGCUUGUGCUAAACUUGAAGAACGGAUACAUCAGAGGAAAAGUGAUAUACAAGCACAACGGGAAAAUGACGAUGACUAAUUCAGUUGUAUAUAUCAUUCAUUCUACAUUAUGAUAAAG